CGCGCGAUCGCCGGGCGACGAGGACGGUUUGACGCUCAGCGGGUAUGACGUGACAUGUUCCGGGACGUGCCCGUGGCCGUGCUCCGCCCCUCCGCCGGGCCCCCGCGCGGGGUCGGCCCCACGGGGCCCCACCAGGGCGCCUUCUGUGUCGACUCGCUCCUGUCGUCGAGGCCGUCCCGGUCGCCGGCGUCGGCGUCCUCGGACGACGCCACCUCCUCGGACGAGCGGCCCCCGAGCAGCGGCGGCGGCUCGACGCCGUCCUCCCUCAGCACGCUGGUCGCGGCCGCGGGCCUGAGCGGCUUCCCCGGCGGCGCCCUGGGCGGGCUCGGCCUCGGGAUGCCGCCGUCGUCGGAGCCCCCGCCCAAGCCCACCCCGGCGCUCAAGUUCAGCGUCAGCGCCAUCCUGGGCUCCUCGGACCACCAUCACCACCACCACGCGCCCCGGCCGUCGCCCUCACCAGACUCGGUGUUCUCAUCGCCGCCCUUCUUCGGGUUCGGCUACAGCGUGGGCGGCGCGGGGCAGCCGCAGCAGCAGGGCGCCGGCAUCGCCAAGCCCAUCCCCAGGCCGGCGGCCGUGUUCAACCCGCACCUGCACCCGCUGCUCAGGAACCCCUACCUCACAGUGUCGCCGGGGGCCGGUCAGGCGGGCGGCCAGGGCCUCGCCCAGGGCGCGGUGUUCCCGCUGCCGGGCUCCUUCCCCUGGGCGCACUCCUCCAGGGGGAAGCCCCGGCGCGGCAUGAUGCGGCGCGCCGUCUUCUCCGACCUGCAGCGCAAGGGCCUGGAGAAGAGGUUCCAGCUCCAGAAGUACAUCUCCAAGCCCGACCGGAAGCGGCUCGCCGACAAGCUGGGCCUCAAGGACUCGCAGGUGAAGAUCUGGUUCCAGAACCGUCGGAUGAAGUGGCGCAACUCCAAGGAGCGCGAGCUGCUGGCGGCGGGCGGCUCCCGCGAGCAGACGCUGCCCAACAAGAACAACCCCCACCCGGACCUGAGCGACGCCGAGGCGGACCGCGCCAAGCUCGAGCUGUCGGACGGGCUGGCGGACGAGGACGGCGGCGCGGGCCUCCACCCGGGCGGCCCGGGCACGCCGCCGAUGACGCCGUCGCCCCGGGACCUGUCCGCUGAGUGCGGGUCACCGCACGACCUGUCCUCCGAGCCCGGUGGCGGUGGCGGCGGCCGGCCGCCCGACGCCGGCGACGACUCCGAGGUCGGCGACGACGACGAGGACGACGACGAGGAGAUCAACGUGACGUGAAGGCCGCCGACGACGACGCCCAUGGAGAAGCAAAGUGCGGUCGCGAUGGACCUCCGUGCCCGUCGUGGCCUCCGAGCCCCGGGCCGGUGCCCCCGGCCGCCCCCCGGGAGGUCCCCGCUGUUAAUUUUUGCCCGCGAGACUGUGUAGCUGAGGGGAGGGUGCGAGAGCAUGCCGCUCGCUCCAACGCGCCGCGCCGCGCCAGAGAGUUUACGAGAGAGAGAGAGAGCGCGAGCGCCACGGGAGCGAGAGAGAAAGAGAGAGGGGGGGAAUUCUCACUUCCUGCCCGCCGAGCCACGCACCGCGCGGCGCGGGGGGAAAAUAAGCUGUCAUUUCCAGCGGAGAGCAUCCGAACACGGCGCGCGGCGGGCUCAGCGGGGUCAGCUCCCUCCAGCCGCCCCCAGCAACGCUCCAGCGCCGCUCGGCCCCUCUCCAGUUCUGUGAUAAACUGAUUAAGUCUCGAGGAGUACGACGAUGUUUGUUUAUUAUUAUUAUUUUUUAGUUGUUUGGUUACCACGACGACGAGCAUGAGCGACGACCUGUGCACUCGCCGCGAGCACCGAAUAAGUCAAGAGUAAAUUGUUUUAGUGCAUGAUAGCGUACAGCUGUUUGUCACUAUGCUGUUCCGUCAAAUCGAUAUGGAAAAGGAACAAUAAACGAUUUAAACAAUGUAAAAAGAACGAUCAGUUGUGCGCCGCACCCCGCUACCUUUGUAAAAACAGAAUAUUAACAUACGUGAUAAAGUUUUGGACGAAGUGUCAUAGCAAUCUUCUUGACCAGUUUAGUGUCAGCGGUAAUUAAAAAGGUCCAUUUGCGCUGUCGUUCGUGUUUCUCACCCAACGUUUUUUUUUUAGAAUAAUGGAAAGAGUUUAACUAUAUUGAGAUUGCGUUAUUAUUAUUAAUAUUAUUAUUAUAUUAUGUAAAAAUUGUAUAAAAUUGACAUGUCAAACUUUUAUCUACUAUGUAGGUACCUAGUAAGAGAACAAGAGGAAGAAAAAAAGGAAAGAAUUAAAAAAAAAUUAAAUCUCUUAGAUUCUUCUGCAAA